CGUAAGCGUCCAUCUAUAAAACUAGCUUUUGCCACCAAUCACCAAUAUUUCAACUUUUUCUCUCUCUCCCCUCUUCCUCUCGAGGUUUCUCUAUAUCCAUUUAUUUACAUUACAGACAAUUUAAGUUCUCAAUUUCCUCUCCAAAACCCAUCAAAAUCCUUGAGACUGGGUACCAUUCAUCAUGGGUUCUUCAUUUUCUUUCUUCACCGACACAGCUCCUGUGUCUUCCUAUCCCAGCCUUGGGGAUUUGCCGGAGAGCUGUGUGGCGUCAGUUCUUGUAUACUUAGACCCACCUGAGAUCUGCAGACUCGCUAUUCUAAACAGGGCCUUUCGAGGUGCUUCAUCAGCAGAUUUUGUUUGGGAAUCAAAAUUGCCUUUGAAUUAUGGGUCUGUAAUUAAAAGAGUGUUUGAUGAUUUUCCUGAGAAAUUGUGUAAAAGAGAUAUUUAUGCCAGGCUUUGUCGACCAAAUUCUAUUGAUGGAGGCACAAAGAAAGUUUGGUUGGAUAAGACUACCGGAGUAAUUUGUUUAUCAAUUUCGUCAAAUGGGUUGGCAAUAACAGGGAUUGAUGAUAGGAGAUAUUGGAGACGAAUUACAACUGAGGAAUCGAGGUGAGUAACUGCAAACGUUGUUUUGUUUAUGUUUUGGAUUUAAUGAAACCAAGAGUUGUAUUUCUUUUAUGGACGAAGUUUAGAUUGGCCGAUCAAAUUCAACUGUUCAGGGCAUUUCUUGGUUACAAUCCUCCUAAAGGAUGUCAUUUGUUUACAUUCUGUCUUUUCCUGUGUAGUAUAUGAUUCUUUGUAUGCGAUGCUGCAAUUAACUAUCCCAACCAACCAAACCAAGCUUUAUAUCCUAAUUGUUU